AAUUUAGUAGCUCGGAGACACUUGCGAGCGCAGCGCUGACGAUCAUUCCCAUUGACGGCCCCAUUCACGAUUCUAGAGCUGAGCGAAAUGCACUUGAAAUCCCCACUGGUUGGCCUUCUUAUCGUCUGCCUAGCGAUUGAGCGGCCCUCGCCCACCGCCGCUCAGUUCUGGCUGAAGCUGCCCGAACAGAACUGGGAGCGUGAGAUGCUGGCCACACGAGACUCCGGCGUCUGCUACAGGGAGGAGAUUGUGGAAACUAUCAACCCGAAUGCGAGACUCCGACAGAUAUCCUUCUGCUGCAUGGGCUAUGUGAACCAUGGCAGCCCCCAGAACCUAAAAUGCCAGCCCAUCUGUACGGAGGACUGUGCGAACGGAUUGUGCCUCUCGCCAGGCUACUGUGAGUGUGCUCCGGGCUACUAUCGGGAGGAGCGGCGGUGUAAGCGGAUGUGAGGCUGGCUGUUCUAGUGCUGCAGAGCAAUUAAGACUAGGAAAUCCCAAUAAUCCACUCCAACAAUUGUCGAAUCUGUUCAUCCGUUCCAAUGUCCGUACACCCAAAAUAAAAACAAGUGCUACUUUUCA